AGCUGCGGGCCCCGCCGGGGGCGAGUCCCUGCGGGGGAGGCCCUGGAGGCCGCGGCGCGGAUUCCCGAGUUUCUCUUCCUGCUAGGGCAGUGGUGACCAAGAGCUCCUUCUGCCCUCCCGCCCGUCCUCGACGGGGAAAACAGCUUGGCCCGGUAUCAGAUUGCAGGCUCCGAUUUUCCAAAGGGAGAUAGGCCUGCGCGGCCUCUGGCUUGUGGGAGCACUGCCUUCCAGGGGCCCCUCCGCACCCUUGUCUUCCCCUGGGGCUUCUCACACCCUCGGAGGGCCCUGCGGUGACGGGGAGGGUCGGCUCGGCUCUUCUCAUCCAGUAGUUAGAGCAAAGCUCAGUCCGCACAUGUUGACUCAAAUGCCUGCUAUGUGUUCAGCACCUAAGGUCACGCAUUCUACCCUCCAUAUGUAUAAUCCAGGUGGUGACAAGAUGUGAACACGCAUUAUUGACCAACCCAAGACAAUAUAUGAUAAAUUGACCUCCUUUCCCUUGAAUCAUGAGGGAUGAAAUUGCAACUGCAGUUUUCUUUGUCACAAGAUUGGUAAAAAAACAUGAUAAAUUGAGUAAACAGCAAAUAGAAGACUUUGCAGAAAAGCUGAUGACGAUCUUGUUUGAAACCUACAGAAGUCACUGGCACUCUGACUGCCCUUCCAAAGGGCAAGCCUUCAGGUGUAUCAGGAUAAAUAAUAAUCAGAAUAAAGAUCCCAUUCUAGAAAGGGCUUGUGCUGAAAGUAACGUGGAUUUUUCUCACCUGGGACUUCCAAAGGAGAUGACCCUGUGGGUAGAUCCCUUUGAAGUGUGCUGUAGGUAUGGUGAGAAAAAUCAUCCAUUUACAAUUGCUUCUUUUAAAGGCAGGUGGGAGGAAUGGGAGCUUACCCAGCAGAUCAGCUUUGCUGUUAAUAGAGCCACUUUAGACUCCACCUCAGGCAUUUCCUCGGAUGAAGAAAGUUCUAACAAAGAACCUCAGAUCAUUCCUAAAGUCAGUAAUCCUAAGAGUAUAUAUCAGGUUGAAAACUUAAAACCGCCCUUUCAAUCUUGGUUCCAUGUCUCCCGCAAAAAGAAUAUGGCAGAUGGCCGUAUGGGCCUCCUAGGGAACACUUCUCAUGCAUCGCAUAAACAUCCUAAAGGUCAGAGGUCUGGUGCUAACCACCGGGUGGACAGGUACCACUGGGUGAACACAAACCGAUAAUGCAGUGGCUGGGCACCUCGUGGCAUAGAGCUCAGAGGAGCUGCUUUAUGUUCUCUAAAACAGAAGAGAGUCUAAGGUUGUGAAGCCCACAAAACAGAAAAAGUACUCCCAUCAGGGACUAGGGUGCCAUAACAGUGAAUCCUUUCACACAGAUCAUGACUAUGUUCUUAACUGUACUUUUAAUUUGUAUGUAAUUUUAUGUGAAGUUUUAUGUAACACUAACGAAUGUAUUCAGUAAGGUAAUAGAAUGAAGAUAUUGACCUGGGAUAAGAUUCAAUGAAUUAUGAAAAGCAACAGUUUAAAUAAACGCACUAUGUUUUUAAUAC